GCCGCAACAGCAGCCGCAGAUGCGCAAAGAGAAGUUGGCAAAGCAAUGCAGCACUACAGUACAGUCGAAACAGAUCUCAAUCGUCUUCGGAGUCAAUACCGAUCUUUGGAACGGAGGCUUGAAGAGCUUGAAAUGGAUGACGAUAUGUCGGUCGUAGACAACAUGCGAAAAAGUUUGGACGAACUCAAUAAUCAGUUAGCUGAGCUAGAGGAGGAGUUCGCGAAACUUGAAGAGAGUAGUUCCCAAAAAGAGAGCGAGAUUCAAAACAUAAAUGAAGGACUACAAGCUCUGAGAGCUGAUUUUGCUGAAGUCAAAAGAAAGAUUGAGGAACUGGAGAAUGAAGAAGAGGAUAUCCUGGAUAAGGCGAGAAGCAUAGAUGCGGCUAUAGAUUCAGAUAAGAGAAGACUGCAACGGAUCGAGGAUGUAAGUCUAUAUAUUUCUUGGUUACUAUUAGCCUUUGUUGAAGUUCUAUUGUAA